AUGGCCGCUGGCCGCAGCGACUGCUCGCUCAUCAUCCGCUGUCUUAAAGCGUUCGUUUGGCUUUUGCGUCCUUUGUUCUGCUGCCCUUGUCUGCACCCUCUUGCUGCUGCCGCUUUGCUUCGCCGCCGUCUCCUCUUUUCGCCUGCCGGAGACUUAGCUAGUUUCCCCCCGGCUUUGGUCAUGAUGGAGCCAGCCGAUGCUGACAAUGAUGAGCCGCUUCCGGAUAGACUGGAGGCAGCGGUGGGUAGCAUCACAGUCCUCCCACGGCUCACUGGUAUCCCACUUGGUCACGACUGCUCGUGGAAGGGCAGUCAGGUCUCUCGUCUGGCAGCUUUGCAAACUGGUGGCAUUGGGAGGGACAGGUAUGCCUGGGGAGCGUGGUGGGCGGAGGCCAUGUCGGAUCUAGGAGCAGACAUUGCUGCUUUGACAGAAACCCGUAUCGAUGGAGCCUCCGCACACAACGCUGCAAUCAACGGCAUGUGGGAUGCCGGUUAUCUCUGCAUUUCCCAUAACGUCUCCAAUGCCGACAGACGUACAGACAAUCCGCUUGGCUCUGGAGUAGCGCUGGCCAUCAAGCGCGAGGUGGCCGCUGAUUGGACAGAGGUCACACCCGGACCACAUGGUCGAGCGCUGGGCGGCUCCAUCCGUCUGCAUAACGGGGCUGUGCUCCGGGUAGUCGCGGUCUAUGGCCCGACAGGCGCAUGUCUACCAGGCUUCACUCAGAACCUCAGGGCCGUCCAGCACGAAACUGAUCUCGUCACCUUUCUGCAACAGCAAGUGGCCAUGGCUCAAGCAAAAGACUGGACUCUGGUGGUUUUAGGUGAUUUGAACUCCUUUACCGACGGGGCUCUAGAUAAGUGGCAGGGUCAAUGGCAAAUUCGAGACGAGUGCCUAGCCGUACAAUGCCGCGAAAUGGGUCUUAUUGAUACCUGGCGAGACUCUCAUCCCACACUUCCCGGUUUUACUUAUGUCUCUCCCACAGGCAGCGCUAGCCGCCUGGACUCCAUUUGGAUCCUCCCUGCCAUCGGAUUCCAUACACCUGUUCUCAACUCGGCACUGCUCUGGAAUUGGCACAAGAGAGUGGAUCACCAUCCGGUUCUCAUCGACUUGGGCAUUGACAUUCCCACUGUCCCAGCAGCCUCAUCAGAUCGUGAACAACCCCGGUGGCGAAAACUGGCUGAUAUGGCUCAUGGCCAUAACCUGCAGGCACUCAGGGCACAAGUAGAGGCCCAGAUGGACACACAUCGCCCCCUACUUAUGCAAGCUGCAGCGGAUCUCACAGAGGCAUCCACACACGGCGGCACUUCGCAUGCAACAUUGUCCGAAAUCGGAAUGGUACACGGGCAGACGCCAGCUCUUAGUCUGCGAGAGGUGUUGUGCUCUCGCGUUCACCAAGCACAUGACUCCAUCAUGGCAAUCUUGCAUCAAACUCUGCCGACGACGAACCAACCCAGCAUGGACCGGAAGCUGGGCAGGGCCCAAAAUGCCUGGGACACAUGUUUGGCUCUGCUUCGCUCUCUCAAGCACAUCCUGAUCGAUUCGGAAACUUAUGACCUGGAGACCGCCAACUCCAUAUUGAACCGCGCUGAUGUCAAGUGGCGUCAAGGCCUUCAUUUCCUGGAUAAGCGAGGACACGUUACGAUACAACGGGACCCAUGGGACUGGGAUGGUUUUCAUACUCAACUCGAUCGUUGGUUAUCCUCUUUGUCUGCGCCAGGUGCUCCUCAGCUACGCCCCCCCGACAUUUGUCAACCGGCGGUUGAUGCGGUUGCGCGGAACUUGCACUGGGCACCUUCUGCCACGGAGACCGCAGACCGCAUUCUCCUAGUAGAAGCUUGGAUACAGGAAGCCCAAACACUGAGAGCCAAAACCGCCGCGCACCAGGCCCGUGAAGGACAUGAAAGGAGGGUCCACUUGCUACGCUCAGGUGAUCUCAGACGCUGGGCUCGCUGUUGGCGUACACCAGCAUACAAGCGCCAAGCCUACACUCCGCAACAAAUCACCACCGCCAGUGGUACUCGCCGUCCCAAGACCCCUGCGGAAAUGCGUAAGGCUGCUGCGCAGGAGUGGCAAAAACUCUUUGACCAUCCUUCUCGGCCGUGGUCGCAUGAGCUGGUGCAUACCUGGACGGACCCCUCAGGAUUCUUGCGGGGCAGCCCGAAAACACAUGACGUCCAGGUACCGCCAGACGUGCUUCAGGCCCUUUUGUGCCCUGGACCGUGGAGUCGGUGUGUAUUUCGGGGUUCUGAGGUCCAAUGUUUGGUGGAGCAAGAGAUUCGAAUCCAGAUAUGGCGGUUUCGGAGAGUCGGGGGACUGUGGGAGGGCAAGCUUCUCGGUCCUUGCGAAGGCCAGGUACAAUGUGUGGUGCAUAUCAAUGGGCAGCCCGCACAUCUUUGGACCCUACGGCAGUGGCUCGCUCUUCCGCCACAAGAUACGCACUGCCUGCUUCUUCUGCGUCCCCAAGCUCUUCCUACCCCUUCUUGUCUGGGGCCGCUCACUGCACAUGAAAGAUCCCGGUGGUUGUCCAAGAUGUCGUCCUCCAGACCUGGACCUUCUGGAUGGAAGUUAUGCUAUCUGCAUUUCUACCCUGGGUGGGUCCAAGACAUCUUUUGGCUUUGUCUUGACACCCAACGUGCUAUUGGAUCAGUCGCGCCCUCGCUGAAAACCGCUGUGCAGAUCAACAUGCCCAAACCUAAGGGCGGCUGGCGGCCUCUGACGAUGCUUGAGGAGGCCUUCAAGGCCAUAGAAGGUCCGGUCACUCAUCGCUUGGUUUCGGCUCGUGCGUUCCUCACAGCUGGCUCCGUCUUCAGUGCCUGGAACCGUGCGUACGAACCCGGCCAGUCUGCGGCCUCAGAUGUCCUUUACCUGGAUGUCCAGGUGUGCGAAGACUCCCUGGCUCAUCAUCUCCCUCUGGCAAGGGUUCCCGCAGACUUUGAAAAAUUUUUCAAUACGGUCAAUUUGCACCAGGUCGACGCUGUGCAGCAAGCACGUGGGUUACCGGACCCCAUCCGCCAGCUAUAUCAGGCAGCCUUCCAGGGACUCACCAUUCAGGUGGACACCAAAUGGGGCCUGUCCGACCCGGUUCACUGCCAUCGCGGUAUUCCCCAGGGAGCAGCCUCAUCCCCGGAACUGUCCAAACCCGCCCAAGAUCCGCUGUUGCGCUUGCGCGAGAAUAGCACGGCCUGCUACGUCUCGUCAGCGGGUCGGCGGGAUCUUUCUAAAGGAAGCCAGUUGACGGGCAUUGGGUUUGCAUGGGACAAAUUCCAUGCCUUUGCCACGGAUUGGGACAUCGUGGCGGCAUCACCUCAGGGGCAAGCGGCCGGAUUCACUCCAGAAGGCAUACCGGUCUCAGGCUACGACAUUUGGGCAGGAGCGGAACUCGUCACCACUCUGCCCAGAGCCAGGGACACAGAUGAAGAGCUCCUUUUGGGAAAAAGGGGCACUUUUCUGGAUCGUCACUCGGCAGCGGCGGAAGACAUCCUGCUUAAACUGGACAAGCUCCUACAAGGAUUCUCAGCGCGGCGUUUCAGUUGGGAUGAGCUAAUAUUGGGAGCCCAAGUAUAUGCAGCAGGGUACCUCAACUACGCUCCUUUGGUGGGGAUACCCCAUCCGCAAGCUCUACACAGACACGAUUCUGCGGUUCAACAACAUCUCCUUCGUGCGCUUCAUGUACGUUCAUCGGCGGAGCGUGUGGGGCUCUUGGCAGCGCGGUCCGUUGGGGGCCUGCAGUUGUUCUCGGCGGUGGAGGGAUCAUUGGCAUCGGUGGCGGCAGAAGUUAUGCGAUUGCUGUCCUCUCUGUCCCCGGCUGGACAAUUAGCUAGGGACGCUUUAAAAGAGGCGAUGUCCAUGGCGCCGGAGGCGGCAGAGCAAUGCGACUACAUGAUUGUACGUGCACUGCGACAUCUAGCUGGCUACGGUAUCUUUGUCAACUCGAGUAUGGAUCGCACUGUUUGCAGAAUUCUUGACCAUCUAGCAGAUUUGCAGGGGCACCGACCUCCUGGCCUCAUCGGACCUUUCGAACAACGCAAGCAUACCAACAUGUUGCCCUAUUGCAGAGUGGGUCGCCUUGCUAACGCUGUCCGUUCCUGUCUGCUCCAUUUCCGCAACAAUGGGAUUGCGGACACUGAAUGGGGAGACCCUGCACAUUGGUUUCACCUGCCGGCGAAUUGUCCGGCCUCACCGCAGCAAUGUGCUGCUGCUACUACUGCGAGCCUGGCACGUUCCUGUGCCGACUGGGCCCUUGAGUGUGAGCUCUUCGGGGUGCAUCAUUUGCCGAUUGCUGAAGACUGGUCUGCGGCAGCCUGGGAGCAUCCACAAGACCCCAGUAAUGACCUGCGAAGCCAACACCUGGAUAGCAAACAGCAGAUUCUACCCAACGUCGAUAUUGGCCUUUUUGCGGACGGCGGGGCCAACGGAGAAGCCACCGUGGCUGCAUGCCAGGCGAGAGCCUUCGCGGGUCCUCAUUACUGGAACACGGCAUCGGCAGCAGGCCCACAACUGGCAGUGCGACUCCCUGCUAGGUACGGUUGGGAGCACACCACGGUCCACACUGCUGAGCUAUUGGCCAUGCUUGUUGCUCUCCGUUGGCGUCGUCCUGGUGCUUGGAACCUCCUAGUACUGGAUAGAGCCUCACUGUUCCCCUUAUUGCAGCAAAAUGCCCACAAACAGAACAGAAUCCUUUCCUCCCCAUGCCUUCAUUUGGUAUCCCGGGUACACACGGUCACAGGGGAACUUUCAAGUGCCUGGCGGGAUCAUGCCCCUACGCCGCUCUGGAGAGCGCAUCAGCUCACUGCUCCCGAGACCUGGCACGUUCAGGGCAAUGUACAAGGCCGUUCGGCGUCGCUUUGCAGUAUCCCUUUUCUCGAUUUUGGCCUCGUUGGUGUUCAUGUUCGCAGUCAUCAAGCCAAUACCACUGCCCCGGCGCCCGUUAUCGUGGAGGGCAAUGAGAGACAAGACGAAGGUUGUCGUCACGCCUACCGUCUGCCGCAGCCGCCGGAUGUUUGGUGGCCCUCCAGUGGCUUAGCAUUCCAACUCUCAUACAAGGGGCGAGCGGUCACGGACACUUGCCGCAACUUCACUCGCAAACUCCUCCGCCAAGAGGCAAAGGACAAAUGGAAACUUCGCCCUGUACAGGGUAAGAUUGCUUCAGUUUCCGGUGCCUUUCUGCCAGGAAUGGACUUGCGGUUGUAUGUUUCCUUUACAGUGCCCAACCACUGGGCACGUUGGCUCCUACCCAGCGAUCGCCGCACUGUGGAUCUUUCUGCUUUCGCCUACAGAUGCUUGCGCGCCAUUGGCGGUGGCUGGACAGAAAGACUGCACUCCGAUACGAGGUUGCAGAAGCUAGCUCUUCGCUGGGCCGACUUUGCCAACACCUCUGCCAGAACGUGCCCGCUAUGCCUACAGCUCGCUGGAACACCUCGCCACGUGGUUAUGUCAUGCCCUGCCAUGCGCCCUAUGGUCCACCACUUCCUGGACGAUGUCGAAGCUGAGCUUGUUCGCUUCGGUAGUGUUGCACAGCACUCCCUUGAAGCCGCUAGACGCCUGCCUGCCUCCCCCAAGUCCCCCACCCCGGAAGACGCCACGCGCUGGCCCAUCCUCACUGCUUGGAGGUGGCUAGUGCCCAUGCGAACCGAAAUCGCGGAUUUUGCCGCGGAUGCAGCCGGGAGUAGUGCAGUACCCACUCGGAUGGAAUCUGGUACUGAUCUGGCCUAUCGUGGAGUCCUUCCAGCUGCAUUGGGACGCUUCAUCACACGUACAGCCACUGCAGCUUCCAAUGACGAGCCUGACGAUCCGGACCCCCUGGCUGAUGAGUCCUUUAGUUCCUCCCGAGACAUGCAUGGCGCUUCGGAGGAUGUAGCGCGCAGCCUCAGCAAGCUUACAUCCGUCGCUGGGGCGGGGGUUAGCGUCCUUCGCUUGCUAUUUCUCGGUCUUCGUAGCAUACGUGCUGAAUACCUCAAGCGCAUCGCUGCCUGGGCGGAUGCUACAGAGGCGGCAUUGGAUGCCAAUAUCCAGCCUGCUCCUCCUCUCCCCCUUCCGGCGGCCCUGGCCCCUGAUGCAUUCCUGGACUGGUUUGCCUCAUCUGCAGGAUUGGGGGUACUCAGAGAGCUGCGCUGGCUUGCCCCUCCAGUGGAACUCGCCCUUGCCAGACUUCGUGGAGCCUGUCGUAUACCAGGGUAUCGGCCUUCUGAUGCUAGGCUUCGCAACAUGUUGCUUGCUGCUGGUGUUCCCUCCACUCAGCGGGACAAGCUUUCCUGGAUGGUCGAUGGUCUGCCUUGGGAAUUGGCACGGGUGCAGCUUUCACAGGUUUGUCAAUGCCCGCGCUUACUGCCUGCCCCUCUCAUCUCGUGCUGCAUCACCUGUCGUGGAGCCCAGAUGCAACCUGCAGUUGCAGCUCGCAUGUGCCCGUGGUGUCGCCAGGACUCGGCAGUACAUUGCCAAGCGUGUGGCUGUGCAUUACAUUUCCGUGGGGCAUGUGCUUGGAACAGGGGAGCCAACCGGCUUUUUCUCCCCACAGCGGAGGCCCCGGUGAUACUGUGCCCAGACUGUCACUGGGCCUGGAUGCGGGCGCGGGCGGCACUUCCUUGGCGACAAGCGGGGCCAGAGACGCCCUCUGCCUUAACCGCAUUGGUGGUUGACCUCCGCGGUCGCUGCUCCCCAGGAGCUGGUUUGCACAGCAGCAAGGUGGCAUCCACUUUUCGGCAACGCCUCCGGCGUCACCUUCGCAGGUGGCUCUCGCCAGAAUGGAAAUCCCUGGAAGAAGCGUUGCGCAGCUUCCGCGUCCUCUGUCAGCCCGUUGUGCUUGACGACGCGAGCCUGCGUGCGGAACUGACGGUGGCGGCGGAUGCCUUGGUUCGCUCCGGCAGUGCGCUCAAACAGCAGGGAGCGGACAGACAGCUUCUCUUGCGCGGGGCAUGA